GGCCAUCAUCGCGACGUACAGGAUCAUGAUGGUGUUGUCACACAGCCCGCAGUUUGUAAGGCUGUUUCACUCAGAAUCUCAGCCUUGUUCAGUCGUCUACUAUAAGCAAACCUACGAUGUCUCCAUCAUCGCUGGCUCUCAUUUCUGCAGUUCUCACAGUUUGUGUAGCCUCCUGCACCAUCCUUGCUCGUCGCUUGAGGUACAAGGCCUUCGUAGAGCAAACGUGCCUAGUCGAUUUACCUCACGUCGCGGAUGACCGUACAGAGUACCAUAAGCUCGAUGGAACAGUCGUAAUUUGUGGUGGAAGUAUCGCUGGUUUAUUAACCGCUCGAGUCUGUCACAAUCAUUUCAAACGCAUCAUCAUCGUAGAGCCUGAGGCUUGGCUAGCCACCGACGAAGCUCGAAAGGUUAAAGCAUGGACUCAGGAGAAAGACCGCUCUCGCAUCAUUCAAUACCGUUCUUUGCAGGGCUCUCAAUGUUUCACUCUCAUGGCUUACAGAACUUUCUUCCCCAAUUUUGAUGAUGAGGCAGAGGCAUCCGAAAUACCUAUCACCAAUUAUGACUUUAGGACUUAUAUUUGGGGAUACUUCCCAACGGCACCAUAUCACCAAUACCCUAAUGGCCUACCUCCCGUAUGUUUCCCCAGCCGCAGAGGGCUGGAGACGCUACUACGUCGCCUAGUUCUCGACAAGGAUAAAUUUCCCAACAUUGAAUAUGUCGUCGGCUCCGUCUCAGAGUUCCAUGCCGAUCCCGCCUGUCCUUCGCGCCUGCAGAAGGUUACAGUUCGCACUGAUGACGGAAACAUUGAUUUAAAUGCCGAACUAGUUGUUGACUGUACUGGUGCGUCUCAUGCUGGAGUAAGGAUGUUGAGACAUGCAGGCUAUGGUUUCGCGGAUAACUACCCAAAGGGCACGUUGCCUUUCGACAAGCUCGGGGUAUCAUACGAUCAGAAAAUGCACUACGUCACCAUGGAAUUGACUGUUCCUCCGGAAUUAGGCAACCGUCUGCCUAUCCCAGGAGGUUAUGAGGGUCGUCCUGCUAUCUUUAUAUCUGUAACUCAAGGCUCAAAGGAUCAUAAAACUAUAUACUGGUUGAGGGUAGAUGGUAACAGAGUCCAUGUUUGCUGUGGAGGGUGGGGAAAACCGGAAGUGCCCAGAACACUCAAAGGCGCCCAAGAGUGGGCUCGCUCGAUGGUGCUUGAUAACCCGAUACCUGACUGGUUCUUUGAGUCCAUGGAUAUGCUGGAAGAGGUUGAGAGCACGAUGCACGUCUCCUUUAUUCGCGUUCCUCCUUCCGUCUACUAUCGCUUCCACCAGGCUGUCAACUUGCCUUCAAACUGGGUUGCACUUGGCGAUAGUGUGAUGCGGUUGAACCCUGUCUUUGGACAAGGCAUCACGAAAGCGAUAUUUGGGAUUAUUGCCUUGAACAGGGUUCUCAGGACUAUUCCUACUGUGCAUCCAUCAGAUUCGAAGCAAAGCUCACACAUUUUACCUUCGAAUUUCUCGAAGCAAUUUUUCGAUGGUCAAGAACGCAGCAUUGGGUCAAUAUGGAGCGGGACGAAGACAGUGGACUAUGGUUAUAAAACUACAGUACCGAUAGACGGCGAGACUCUGUCCCAAGGAUCGUGGCUUCGCUGGUAUAUCGGUAAACUGCAAAUCAUCUCAUUGAAAGACCGUGACGUGAACUCUGUGCUUUGGCAUAAUCGCAUGUUCCUGGCUCCCGGUAUAGACAUUAUGCACCCUAAAUUGGUGCUGAAAGUCUUAUGGAGUUGCGUGGUUGGUUGAUUUCUGGUCUACUAUAGUAUCAGUGUCGUUGUUGAUGAGUGAUCGAGGGACUUCAUCGGGUUAUGGUAGCUGGAUAUUUGCCAUGUUUGUAUCUAAUUCGUAAAAACUUGUAAAAGAUACGUUACGCGUUGUGAUGGAUAGG